AUGCCUCCUCCUAGUGAGAUUCCUCAAAGACGUACUAGCCCCCAAGACCUUGCUUCGGCAAAGACAAAUGUUUCCGCGCCUCACACCUCCGCACUCCUCACCGCACGCGUCAUCGAGAAUCUCAGUCAGGUGGUAUACCCUGAGGGUAUCAAGGGUCCUAAGGUUGAGCUCAAUGCGAACGUCAGGGACGGUCGGUUCAGAUACGAUCGUGAUUUCCUCAUGCAAUUCAUGCACGUUUGCAAAGAGAAGCCACCUACACUUGCUGCUCUCGAUGUCCUUGGCAUCGAACCCGUCGAU